AUGCAAUUCGUAAACACUCCGACAAUCGGACGGCGGUUUCUUGGCGGACAGUAUAACAAUGAAGUAGCCAAACUAAGAUCCUCCCCAGCAGAGUUUUCGUCCAGACCUUCGUCAUUGCUUGGUUUUGAGGUCAUAUCGAACAACGAUUACGUCACUGUGGAUGGCCAUGAUACGUCGGUAAGUGAUGAUGAAGGUCUGGAACUGUCGUCCGGUGUCUCCUCUAACCCUAGUGACGGAGGAGGACACUGCUGUGUGAAUGAGUGCUGCCAACGGGUCUUCAUCAACGUCAGUGGUCUUAAGUUUGAAACUCAGUUAAAAACUCUCAACAGGCUUCCAAAUACUCUCCUGGGAAACCCGUUUCUUCGAGAACGUUAUUGGGAUGUAAAGCACAACGAGUAUUUCUUUGACAGACACCGACCAAGCUUCCAAGCUAUCUUGUACUUCUAUCAAAGCGGAGGACGUCUAAAAUGUCCGUACGAGGUUCCGGUGGACGUGUUUAUCGAGGAGUUAAAAUUCUUUGGGUUCGAUAAGGAACUGGUAGACGACUACCAAGAGAUAGAGGGCUUCAUUCUGGAGAAGGAGUGUCCUAUGCCGGAAAACACAACAUUGAAAGUUAUAUGGCAGUUGUUCGAACAGCCCCGUAGUUCCUUCGCAGCCAGAUUGGUGGCCAUUCUCUCAGUUUGCUUCAUUUGUCUGUCUAUUGGUGUUUUCUGCAUUGAGACCGUGCCAAACUAUAGCGUCGACGCCUGUGUGUAUACGUAUUUCAAUUCUACAGAAAACAAUUCAUCAGAACAACUCAAAAUGCCUGCAGUAACAAUCAACUUUGGAAACCACUUUUUCGUCCUGGAGAGUGUGUGUGUAGCCUGGUUUAUAUUGGAACUGGUGAUACGGUUUAUCUCGUGUCCCUCAAAACGGUCCUUCAUCAUGAGUGUCCUUAAUUGGGUAGAUUUGACGUCAGUCAUGCCCCACCUGGUGUUCGUCGGUACGUAUUUUUUAUUCGGAGUAUGUAUUGACUCCACAGCAAGCGAUGCGCUGGUCCUUGUCAGGGUAUUACGUGUUAUGAGAGUACUUAAACUUGGCAAACAUUCCCCGGGUCUGCAGGCCCUCGCCCUCACUAUCAGAAACAGUGUCCAGGAACUCGGACUGUUCGUCUUGUUUUUGGCCCUUGGGGUGAUAAUAUUCUCCACGGCGAUGUUUUACAGCGAACGACUAGUAGAGAACAGCCAUUUUAAAAGUAUACCGCAAACGUUCUGGUGGUCAAUCGUCUCCAUGACGACAGUUGGAUACGGAGACAUGUUUCCGCAAGGGAUAGCCGGGAAGAUUGUUGGUACUUUCACCGUUCUAGGUGGUAUAUUAACAAUUGCCCUUCCUGUUCCAAUCGUCGUGUCAAACUUUAACAACAUCUACAGCGCGCGCACAGGAAGACUUCCCCUGUAUUGA